AGUUUUGCCUGGACGCCUCUCAGCCCGGCGUUGUGUCGUCCACCCAUCCCAGCUCAGCGGGACUCCGGGACACAACAGAUGCGCGAAGCCCCGCGAUGAGGUGCUGGUAGCAGCCUGUUGAGGCGACGUUAUUGUGGGAGGGAAAACGUCCCACAAAACAUUUCCCUUGGAAAAAAUAAUAAAAAAACAACAACCGGUUGUUGCACUGUGAGCUUUGUGGUCGAUUUGUAAUUUUCGCCUUAAUGGUCGUUGGAAACUGCGCGGACUGAUGAGAAAAGACGUAAAGUGAAAGAGAAAAGGUGGAUUUUUUGGUGAGGGACGCCGCUGCUAACUAGCUCUUUGUGUCGGAGGCGUCUUUCUUCUUCUUCUUCUUUUUUUUUUCUUUUGAGCAAUAAGGCCUCCAAGAUAGAUUCCCUCAGGAGUAAAGUGGACUUGUUGCGUCUUCCGUUGGUCCUUUCCACAAAGUCCAUCAGCAACCGCAAGAGCCAAUUGGGCGUGGUGUGGGAGAAGGGCGGCGGCUCGGGGACGGGAGUGGCACGGAAACUCCGCCCACCGCCGGCCUCCGACAUGGACAACGAGUCAACGUAUUCGGGCUAUUCCUACAAGUCGUCCCACUCGCGUACCUCCCGCAAAAACAGGGAGAGAAGGGACAGGCAUCGCUUGAAGAAUCGGGAUGGCUCAAUCCGUGGAGAUAAGUCUGUGAUGAUCCAGGCUCCGGGGGAGCCGCUACUGGAUCCUGAGUCCACCAUACCAGACGACCGGGACGACAACUGGGGUGAGACCACCACCGUGGUCACUGGGACUUCUGUGGACAGUAUCUCCAAUGAGGAUCUGACUCGAAUCUCUAAGGACUUGGAGGACUCUUUGCCUCCUGACUGUCGCCGUUACAUCAGCCCCGUUCUAGGAGCCAUUCUGGGGCUCAUCUCUGUAAUCACUCCCUUGGCUUUCCUUGCCCUUCCACAGCUCCUUUGGCGAGACACAUUGGACCCUUGUGGAACGCCAUGUGAGGGCCUUUACAUCUCUCUGGCUUUCAAACUCCUUAUCCUCCUCAUGUCCACGUGGGCGUUGUUCCUUCGGCCGUCCAGGGCCACUCUGCCACGCUUCUUCGUCUUCCGCUGUCUGCUCCUGGCGCUGGUCUUUCUCUUCGUUGCGUCUUAUUGGCUCUUCUACGGCGUCCGGGUCCUGGAGCCCCGCGAGACGGACUACAGGGGUAUCGUGGGAUAUGCCGCAUCUCUGGUGGACGCACUGCUGUUCAUUCAGUAUCUGGCUCUAGUUCUGCUGGAGGUCCGACACCUGCGGCCCGCUUUCUGUCUGAAGGUCAUCAGGACCGCUGAUGGAGUCAGUAGGUUCUACAACGUGGGGCAUCUUAGCAUCCAGAGGGCAGGAGUGUGGGUUCUGGACCAGUACUACAGCGACUUCCCAGUCUAUAACCCGGCAUUGCUUAACCUCCCCAAGUCCAUCCUUACCAAGAAGAUGUCCUCCUUCAAAGUCUACAACCUGGAAGAAGAGAACACCAACAACUCCACAGGCCAGUCCAGAGCCAUGAUAGCAGCCGCCGCUCGGAGAAGAGACAACUCCCAUAACGAGUACUACUACGAGGAGGCAGAGGUGGAGAGGAGGCUGCGCAAACGCAGGGCCAGACUGGUAGUGGCAGUAGAAGAAGCUUUCACCCACAUCAAGCGUCACCAGGAUGACGACACGCCCACAUCGUCUCCCAAACACCCACGGGAGGUGAUGGACCCCAGGGAGGCCGCCCAGGCUAUCUUUGCCCCCAUGGCCCGGGCCAUGCAGAAGUACCUGCGGGCCACCAGGCAGCAGUCCUACCACACCAUGGAGAGCAUCAUCAACCAUCUGCAGUUCUGCAUCACACACAACAUGACACCUAAGGCCUUCUUAGAGCGCUACCUCAGUCCUGGUCCCACCCUCCAGUAUCUGGACAACAACAGGGGGCGCCAGUGGACACUAGUGAGCGAGGAGGCGGUGACGGCCUCCUUGCGCCAAGGCCAGGUCUUCUGCCUGAAGCGCCUCGACUUCGCCCUGGUCGUGAAGGUGAUGCCCCUCCCUUUCCUGCGCCUGGCCGAGGAGUUCAUCGACCCAAAAAGUCACAAGUUUGUCAUGAAGCUCCAGUCAGAGACGUCUGUGUAGCAGAACGGAUUCAGCUGGACAGAAGGAAAGGGGAAGUUGAAAGAUGCUUCUUAUCGAGGGCAUGUUUUUUUUUUGUUUUAUAUACCUUGUAGUAUUACAGUGUUAUUAUACAUGUUUUUUUUAUUAUUAUUAUUUGUCCAAAUACAAAGCCAUAAAAUAUAUGGCCAAGAUAAAGAAAGAUGAAGUCAUAGUCAUAUAUUAGUUAAAGAAAGUAAGAUAAAGACACUUCCCUGUCCGACUGCUGCUGGGGAAGUAUCAGUCUAACAUUUUGUUCUUCUCUAAACAAAUGUCAUACACAACAAAAGCUGAUCUUUAGACUUUGCUCCAAAUCCAGAUGUGCUUUUUGCUUCUCUUAUGUUUUUUUUUUUUAUGGUAUUAUUUAACCUGAUGCUUCAUACCACCACAGCACUCUGCUAAAAAAUAUUUUAUUUUAUCCCAGGCUUUUAGAUAAGAGUAUUUUCUGAACAAAUCUUGGUUUAUAUUUCUUCAGUAGUUUUUUUUUGUUGUUGUUGUUUUUUUUUGGUACAACUCAAAUUGUAACCUUAUAAAGCAGAAUCAAACAUCACAAAACCCAACUGAAA